UCAAAAAGAGACAGGAGAGAAAGGACACUAAUGGAUUUUGUCUACAGAUUUUUUAUUGUUAACAAAGUGUUGAAAAGGAAACUAACGAAGCCUAAAUCCUUUAAUCAUUGCAAUGCGUUGCAAUGAUGAGUUUCUCUUCAUUCCUGGAAGCGCCUUUGUGUUGUUUUUUGUUUGUUUCAAACACGUUUGACCUUCGUUAAAUCUGUCAUUUAUUGUAUUCGCUACAAAGUUAAUUGUCGAAACAUUUAGGUAGAUGUUGCGUAGUUAGAUGUUUUAUUCGAGUUUAGCGAUGGACAUUUCAUUUCCAGUCUUAGGACGGCGUUCUUUCAGGUAUUGAGGUAUAUUCUAUAGGAUAAGUAUAGAUUUUGUUUUUGUUUGGUAUUUUUACUAUGUAUUAUCAGCACAUGUUUGAGCGAAGUUGAAUUUGUCUAUAAAGUAAUAAGACAUCUCAGUUAGUUCUCUUAGACUCUUAUCAGUUUUGCGACUCUUGCUAAUCAACUGUUAUUUUUUAAAAUCUGCGGGGAGUAACUUUUAAGUCUGUACCCUUCAGGAGUUUCAUAGUGAUCACACUGAAUUAAAACGAGGCCACGCUAUUGUUAAAUUUUAGAAGGUGGAAAAACCAAGUAUUUCCCUCUUCAGGGUAGCGCUGUAGUUUAUAGUUAUGCUAGCAGUAUAAAAAGAAACUGAGUAUUCGUGAUGUCCUUGAGACGAAUGGUUUCCCCUGUUCCAAAAGUUUCAUCUGAUUGGAUAACUCCGAAAACAAGGAAACUCUCGCUGUUGCUAUAGCGCUUAGUAAGGGCUGAGAGAAAAAGAAAGCAAUAAGAAUUUUUUGUAAACAAAACGAAUGAAAAGAGUGUUGAGGUGAGGGAAUAUACACAUUUCUUGUGUACCAUUCGGUACCAUUAGCUCAGAGGUUCAGCCCACCUAACCAGCCCUCGACUACUAAGGUAUAAAAGCCGCUGAGGAAAAGGGUUCUCGGCAGUUGCUUUUAGAAUUUGGCGCAUAACGCAGUACACAAGCUCGAAAUUUAGAAGAAAAUGAAAUUCAUCCUCUGCUUCAGUCUUUUAUUUGUCCUUGUGGCUAGCGUUGAAAUCACUCCUAAAACACUGACUCGUGAAAUCAAAGCCGACGUCCUAAGAGAUUUCCCUGGCGUUUGUUAUGCUUCGACCCAAUGCCGAACGUUUAAGGAAAACGAAGAAUGGGAUCUAAAACCUUUCUGUGGAAAAUCUAUCUGCAUAAAGGGAGCUGAUGGAAUUUUGAAGGAACGUGUCAGCGACUGCGGUCCACCGGCCAAGGCUAAUCCAGAAUGCAAAGUCAAUGCCAAUGCUACACUUCCCUAUCCUAAUUGCUGCCCCGUCUAUGACUGUGCGCCUGGUGUUCAACUAGAAUUCCCCGAUAUUCCAGUUGCUUAAGCAAAUCUUAUACUACACAGCAUUGCAGUUUUUAAAGAUGUGGUCGUUAAGAUACGUGAUUUUUGUUCGUGAAACGUCGUUAUGAAAUCCAAGCUGGGCCUUCAUUUACUAAUACAUUUUAGACCUCA